UUUCACAAUGCAGAGCAAUAAUAAACACCUUAAAUUGAGAUCCUGUUUAAAAUAUUAAAAUAAUAAUUAUGAGAUUCACUUCAGAAAACGCUUGGGGGUAUGGUGCUCAACUACUGCAACAUUGCCAACAUUGUAGCAGAACUAGAGAUCUCAGCUGACCUAGCCAACAGACAGUUGCAGGUUUCAGAAUUCAAUCAGGCAAACAGGUGGAAGAAACAAGCCAUUUCUUUGGUGCCAACACGAUUUGGCAUAGGUUGGGGGGGUGGCAAUUACAGCGUCUUGAUUACCAUUUAUCAUACGGAUGGGACCAUUGCCAUUGACCAUGGUGGCAUUGAGAUGGGACAAGGGUUGAACACCAAGACUGCCCAAGUGUGUGCUUAUGAACUGGGGGUGCCCAUGUCACUAAUCCGAAUCAAAAAGCAGUCUUCCACAUCCAAUGCAAACACAGCUAUCACUGGUGGCUCCAUUGGCAGUGAAUUAAACUGCAUGGGUGUAAUUCAGUGCUGCCAGAUACUGAAGUCACGAAUGGAUCCUGUGCGCAAGACAAUGGACAACCCCACAUGGCAGCAACUUGUGUCACAGUGUUUCCAAAAGGGCAUUGAUCUCACUGCACAUGCCUAUACAAACCCCUACCAGCAGUAUGACUUCAACUACAAUGUGUACGCUGCUGCAGUGACUGAAGUGGAGCUGGAUGUGCUGACUGGGCAGACUCAGAUCAACCGAGUAGAUAUGCUGUAUGACUGUGGCGAAAGCCUGAGCCCAGAGCUAGACAUUGGCCAAAUAGAAGGAGGCUUCAUGAUGGGGCUUGGCUAUCAUCUGACAGAGAAAAUAAAAUACAGCCCAGACACUGGAGUCCUUUUAACUGACGGGACCUGGGAGUACAAGCCGCCAUUGCCUAAAGACCUUCCCAUAGACUUUCGUAUUGCUUUGCUGAAAAAUGCCCCAAAUCCACUUGGUGUCCUUCGCUCCAAAGCAACAGGUGAGCCUCCUUUAAUGAUGUCAAGCUCUGCAGUGUUUGCCAUAAGACAAGCUGUGGAAGCAGCUCGUGCUGAGAUUGGACAGUAUUCCUAUGUCCCCCUUAGUUCUCCAGCUUUGGUUGAGAAUGUUCAGACUGCCUGCUUGUUGGAUCCCACUUACUUCACAUUUGGCCCGUGACUGGAGAGUUUUCCUGAAAAUGCAGCAAUCAUUCACAGACUUGCAAAGAACUUUAUUUCCAGUCACCUCUGACUUCUUUUUUUAAUCGAAUUUUUAGUUUGUUUAUGUAGAUGUGAAAUCAAAACUUGUGCCUGCUUGAUAUAUGAACUGUCAGUUUUUAAUUUUUCUUGAUUUUUGCUUGUUAUCUUUAGGUGUUUUGCUUGUAGCAUAACUUGCAGAUUUUGUGCUUAUUUCAUACUUUCUGUGUAACAUCACUUGCUUGGCAAUGUGAUCAUGUUUGGGCGUUUUUCAUGUAUGGUUUUUAAACUGUCUUUUAAAAUGUCUUUGAAUUCUGCUCUCACUAUUUCCUCUACAAAAUCUUGGCAACAUUGUCUCUUUCUCUGUCCUUCUUGGCGUAUUCUUGUACUCGACGGAUAAUGAGAUGACUAUGGACAGAAUUUGCUGUGAUAAUGUAUUGGUAAGCUUUGUAAAAAAUUUAACAGUCAUUAGACAAGUCCAGUGACAAAUGACAAUCGAUCCGUUAAGAUCGAACUUUGGUGACAAAAUACCUAAAAAUGUGUAACACAUGUAACAUUCCUUCCUUCUGUCCUCACAUUAAAAGAGAGAAGCUUA